AUGCCCGCCGACCUCAGCAGCACCUGGAACCUGCUCAGCAGCGACAACGUCGAGGGCUACGUGCUGGCCCUAGAUAUUGACUUUGCCACUCGUAAGAUAGCCAAGCUGCUGAAGCCACAGAAAGUGACUGAGCAGAAUGGGGAUUCUUUUACCAUCCACAUGACCAGCAGCUUCAGGAACUACCUUGUGACAUUUAAAGUUGGAGAAGAAUUUGAUGAGGACAAUAAAGGCCUGGAUAAUAGGAAAUGCAAGAGCUUGGUCACCUGGGACGAUGACCAACUCACCUAUGUGCAGAAGGGGGAAAAGAACAGAGGCUGGAUUCAUUGGAUUGAAGGAGACCAACUCCACCUGGAAAUGUUCUGUGAAGGCCAAGUGUGCAAACAGGCAUUCCAGAGAGCUUGGUCUGUAUCCAACUGGAGUCUACGUGUGGCAGCAGCUUAA